GGCACACUCGAUCUGGAAGAAUGUGCAAGCACCCGUACGGCGCUGUCGCGACCGUGACCAUCUGUUAACGAUGAAGCGAGAUAUUGAAGCAGUACAUCACCCCGCAGGUUGUUGCCGGAGAGUUCCGAGAGUGUAUUGGGACGUCAGCGGUCAGCUACUCUUCUGCUUGCCUGCAACGCAUCCGCUGUAAUCCUCUGUAUCCUCGCCAUGCCUCUUCUCAAAAUCCCUCUCCUCCUCGUUGCUGCCCUGAGCAAUCAUAUUUCGUUCACUCCGCCAACUCCACCACCUUCGAAGAGCGAGAUUGCAAAGGACAUCCCGUUGAAUGAGCGUAUCUUCACGAGCGUCGUAAGACAGAUGACAGCGAUGAACAAGUACGUAGGCUGGUACGCCGCAGUAUGUGAGACGGCGGUGGUCAUCGCGCAGGACCGUCCUUCGACUGUCCUUGCCCAGUUCAUACUGAGCAACCUGCCCGUUACUACGUUCCGUCCGACUGGCAAGAUCGCGCUCGAUAACAUAUUCCUCAUCGGCUUCGUUCUCAACGUGUUGGGCACGUUGAUCCGUCGGCAGUGCUUCCGAGCCCUCGGUCGCCAUUUCACGUUUGAGCUGACGGUCAAGGACAAGCACAAGCUCUGCACGACCGGCCCGUACUCCAUCGUUCGGCACCCGAGCUACACGGGCCUCCAAAUGAACAUCCUCGCCCUUGUCUUGUGGGUCUCAAGCCGCGGAUCGUGGUUUAGAGAGUCGGGGCUGUUUAACGGCACGGUGGGGCAAGCCAUCGCAUGGCUAUUCAUGGUUCUGCAGGUCUACGGAGCAGCCAAUCUGAUGGCGAGAACUGUGAGGGAGGACGUAGUGUUGAGUAAAGAGUUCCCUGAAGAAUGGCAGCAGUGGGCGGAGAGGGUUCCAUACCGGUUGAUUCCUGGAGUAUAUUGAGUAUAGUCGCACUGAUAUACAUACAUUCUUCCGUAUGACCAACUUCUACUAGUAACGCUGGGCCCGCUUGUACUUACAACUAGUUCCGCUUUUCUCGUCAAUGUUCUAUCCGCGUCACAAAGGCAUAUGUCACCUACAAACGAUGAGGCACUAGACGUUGAACUUGCAAAUCCUUCACACAGUUGCAGCCCAGCAACGCAGCUGGUUGAUGCGACUCUUCCCGCAUCUCAGCAUUUGAUGCGCAAAUUUGGGGCAACUAGACAUCUGUCACAAUUCAAGUUAUCAUCAACGAAAGACGAAGGGAUAUGCAGUUGGGAAGAUUGAGCCUGAGAUCAAAUUGAAUGUUGUGGUAG